AUGUCGAGUGGUCAAGUGUACGGCAAAAAGCGGAGGCCUGGUCCAGAAUUAUUUCCAACAUUUUGGCGUCUCCAGUUUGUCUUCCUUACUACCAAGCUAAUUCUGAUCCUCGGCAGCAGAAAAAUGGCCGAUAAUACCCAAUCAUCCUUUCAUACCGUUCUGCCUCCGCCGCACCCUUUCUUGACUGUGCCCAAGCUUUACAUCUCGCAGGUUGCUUCGGACGUCACGGAUGCCGAUCUUGCGGAGGCCUUCAAGUCGUGCAUACCCUUCCGUCCUAAUAUUGAUCGGUCAUCAGCGAUCGGUCCCUACAAAGGGGAGAUUGACUUCAAAUUCCUUGAGCAUGUUUUGUCCCCAUUCCCCAUCACGGACCCUCCAACGCCCGUGCCGCCACCACUAGCGGUGCCACGAGUCAUCAAGCAUCUCCCUACAAAUACCACUGAUGAAUUUCUUUUUGAUCUCUUCCGCCCUUAUGGCCCGAUUGCGUCCGUAAGCGCUCAGGCGUCUUUUGGUCCAAACAGCGCGCUUGUAGAAUUCUAUGACGAAGAAGAUGCGAAACGUGCCGAAGAAGCGCUCAACUAUGCGGACGUUGGAGGAAGCAACAUAUCCGUCCAACCGUUUCAGCCGAAGCGUGGAGGGGCCCACACGGAAUGGAACGCGUCAGCUGCUCCCUUCAUUCCUUCCGGGAGCGCUCCGUACCCCCCUGUUCCGGGCCAAGGCAGACUUUCGCCGUACCAGUCAAAUACCCUUUAUCCAAGCUCGCCUCUUAUGAAUGGCGCCCCUUUUGUGCACGGCCCGGGACAGCAAGUACAAUUUGCGCCCACUUCGGGCCCAGGGUCCAGUAGUCACAGCGGACUGAUAGACCCUUGCAACCUGUUCUGCAAGAACUUAGAUCCAAAUAUUGACUCCAACGAUCUCUUUACCUAUUUCAGGCCAUUCGGGCAGAUCGUAAGCGCCAGGGUAAUGAGAGGCGACAAUGGCGUCAGUCGGGGCUUCGGUUUUGUAUCAUUCCAGACUCCAGACCAAGCAAGUUUGGCGAUGCACUCCAUGAACGGACAAAUACUCGGUGGUAAACAAAUACAGGUCCGAUUGCACGAACCCAAACAACUUCGUCAGGAAAAAUUGGCACAGAGAUUUGCAACUGGAGGGCCUCUUCGGCGCGGGAGCCUAAGUGGGCGUACGAGUCCUGCGAUGAGCGAGUUUGAUGGCCAGAACGCAUUGCCUGAGCGUCAUCGGAGAGGCUCAGGAAGCUACUAUAAUGCUGCAUUAGCGGGCAGCCUCAAGUUAUCCUUUGAACUUGAUGAGCUCAAAGCUUUAACACCGGUCGUUCGCAGGGAUGUUCUUACGGGUGAAAUAAGUAGGCGUCUUAGGAAUAUGGACUCUGUGGCACCCGAGAGCAUUGACAGCGUCGUGGAAGCGCUUGUGUCCCUUAAUAUACAAGAGGUUGUUGCCGGCAUUCAUGACGAAGAGAAGUUUGCUGCCCAAGUACAAACGGCCUCACAGCAAGUUUCAUUGAAGGAGAAGCAGGGAUUCGCCUCCCCCGCAAAUCCUGGAUUAUUACACACCCGGGAGUCUGCACCUUCGACGCCGUCAUAUCUCACACCUCCCCGAGCACAGUCACCUACAGGUUCAGUGGCGACUCCUUCGGAUCGCGAAAAGCUUUCAGCAGCCGUGGCUCGGUUAGAACAGGACCCAGAAAAGGCAUCCGCUAUUAGUGAAUUACUCUUCACGUUGCCCAAGAAGGAGCGUUUGCUUUGUGUGUUCAACAACGACUAUCUUAAGCAAAAAGUGGUGGAGGCUCGCGAGGUGUUGGACGCUGAUGAAGUAGGGGAGACUCCGUCCUCGAAUCAGAGUGCACCAGCAGCUGUUCAACGGCGACCGCCACCUACACCGGUUGCAGAGCACGGCAUCAAGGCAGCAUCGGAUCCAUCCAUCCUUUCUCAGUACCCUGCUGGGACAAACGGUUCUUCUCAGUCGUCAGCUGUGGAAAAAGAAACGGCCGAAACACCAGCGCCGAAAGCGGACGAACCUAAGGAAUACACGCUCUCCGCUCUUGGUGCAAUGCCUGCUAUAGACAUCGUUAAGCUGGCCUCUGGUUCUACGAUUACUGGUUUGCCCCUUCCUAAGCCUGACCUUCUUGUUGUGAAGACCACGGAUGAGUUUGUCGAUAGUCUUCAGGGGAAACCUGUUCAACAACAGAAGCAGUUAGUCGGUGAGAAAUUGUUCAAGGUUAUCAGAGCUUUCGGGGUCAAAGGAGCGCCCAAGAUCACGAUCGCCCUUCUGGAUUCCGAGGACCUCCGUUCCCUCUGCCACCUAAUGAACAGUUACCCAGAGGCACUCAAGGAGAAAGUGCUGCACACUGGAAAGUAA